UGUUAUAUUGUGUUAUAUUUGACUUCCGACUUUUGAAGGACGAUGCAUAUAAUAUAAACAAAAUUCAAACUUCCCUACUUUUACAAUUUAUGUAUACUGCGUAUUAAAUUGGCUAAAACACAUACAAUUUGAUUGAUGAAACAUUUAUUUGACUUUAAAAUAAAACUAUAGGCACAAUUCUUGAUAGCGACAGGUUCUGAAAUUCGUUUACUCCAAGUACAGGACUUUAACAUAUGGAAACUCAGAGGGGACAUAUGACGUAAGAACAGUGCGGAUAGAAAACUGUAGAGUUACGUGAACGUUAGGUGUACGACGCAGGACUACAACGCCUUAAAGACACGUUCAUCCGCUUUUCAUCAUCAUCACCACCACCACCACCAUCAUCAUCAUCAUCAUCAGUAAUCGCCUCACUCUAAAAGAGUAUACUCGCGAUUUGAAGGGGAAAACAAAGUUGUUGACUUUCGGGUGACUGUUCAAGGUAUCUAGAUAUACACGUUGCCUCUACAAUCAAGAAACCGGUACGUCUUUAGGAAUAUACAGGAGAAGCUUGUGAUAUCGCCUUUCUGAGGGACAAGAUUGUGGCAGAGAAGAUAAAAUACUAAUAUUACGAACCAGAAUUUCUAACUACAAAGUAUCUCUGGACUAGCUACAAGUGCAAUUAAUAUAAGACUUGAAAAAAAAGGGGGAAACAGUUCCAGAGGGAAGAAGUAAUACGACUACUUUCAACAAAAAGGGAUUCAGUCAGAUGAAUGGGAAAAAUGUGGACGAUUCCAAAUCUGUGAAUAUGGACUCUAUAGUACCAUACACCUGCAUCUUUAUUGAUGCAGACUGGCAUGACUAUGUGGAAGCAACUACCAACUGUUUGAAAUGUGGAUCAGAUCGGGACAAAGUCAUUGAGAACAUAAAAUCCUUUUGGAUUAAUGAUGGGAAUAGAAACAAUGUUCUACCAUGUCUUUCUGUUAGAAGUGGCCUUGACCUUUAUCUCAAGGCCAUGAACUUUCCAGCAGGGUCAGAGGUCAUUAUGUCAGCUAUAAAUAUACCAGACAUGGUGACCGUGGUAAAACAUCAUAAUCUAAAGGUGGUGCCAUUAGACGUUAGUAUAGAAACUACUGAACCAAAAGUAGAACUCCUGCCAAGACUAGUCACUGAUAAAACUGUUGCUAUUCUUGUUGCUCACGUGUUUGGGAAGUGGUGCGACAUGGACCCUGUGAUAAAAGCUGCUCAAGAAUAUGGUCUAGUUGUGAUAGAGGACUGUGCGGAAGCAUUCUGCGGCUUCGAACGCCUUGGCGAUCCAAGAUCGGACCUGGCGUUGUUUAGUUUUGGUGUUAUCAAAUACUUCACUGCCUUCGGAGGUGCCAUAGCAAAAGUCAAAGAUGAUUCUGUGUUCUCAAAGAUGAUGGGAUUGUAUGACGGCUACGAAAUGCAGACUAGAUGGGAAUAUUUCAAAAAGACGUGUAAAUGUUUAACAGUGUAUCUAGCCCUUGCGUGCCCCUGCGUAAGCCAGUCCAUAAUGUAUCUCUGCCGAUGUUGUAAUCUAGAUCACAAGCUUCUGUUCAUGAAGAUGCUGCGUGGUUUUCCGGACCAAAUGUUAAAGAAGAUCAAACACAGACCAAGUACACCUCUACUUACCAUGCUUAGGAAGAGAUUAAAAGACUUCCGUCAAGCUGAUUAUGACAUAGGUCAAGUUAAAGCUGAGUAUGUACGUAUGAGAUUACCAGAGGAAGCUCAACUUGUGGGCAUGAAGGCAAAGGUCAACAAUUACUGGCUGUUUCCCAUACUAGUGGAAAGUCCAGACACCAUUCUCAGCUGCCUGAAUGCUCUAGGUGUGGACGCUUACCGAGGAGCCACUCAACUCAACAUUGUUGAACCAGAACAAGGGUCUGGCACGGACCAGGUUUCCCAGCUAGAUCCACGUUACCCAACAGAGGCACGAUAUCUGAUCGACCAUGUGAUAUACCUACCCGUCCACAAGAAAGUUCCAUUUCACGCAUUGAACAAGAUCUGUAAAGCUGUUAGCCAAGCAAUCAAAAUGAGUAAAGAUUCUCCCAAAGUUAGACUCGAGUCAAAGCUUUAAAUACAUAAAAUGCAAUCAAAAUUAUAGAAAUGUUAAAAUGCAAUCAAAUUGCUGCAAUCAAAUCUAUAUGUGUCAUAAACUGUAAAAUCAUUUUUAGCUCACCUGUCACAAAGUGACAAGGUGAGCUUUUGUGAUCGCGCGGUGUCCGUCGUCCGUGCGUCCGUCCGUGCGUCCGUCCGUAAACUUCUGCUUGUGACCACUCUAGAGGUCACAUUUUUCAUGGGAUCUUUAUGAAAAUUGGUCAGAAUGUUCAUCUUGAUGAUAUCUAGGUCAAGUUCGAAACUGGGUCACGUGCCAUCAAAAACUAGGUCAGUAGGUCUAAAAAUAGAAAAACCUUGUGACCUCUCUAGAGGCCAUAUAUUUCACAAGAUCUUCAUGAAAAUUGCUCAGAAUGUUCACCUUGAUGAUAUCUAGGUCAAGUUUGAAACUGGGUCACGUGCCUUAAAAAACUAGGUCAGUAGGUCUAAAAAUAGAAAAACCUUGUGACCUCUCUAGAGGCCAUAUAUUUCACAACAUCUUCAUGAAAAUUGGUCAGAACAUUCACCUUGAUGAUAUCUAGGUCAAGUUC